UCAAUUUCCCACUAGUGUCAAAAUUUCCACCAUCCCUGAAAUGUUUUUAUUGAAUUUUUGACCGGUUCUCCUCAUAAAACGCAAAAAUGAGCUCUGGUUUCAUCUCGGAGACCGAAUUGGCCGAAGCGAGACAAAAAAGACAAGAGGAAUGGGAACGCGUCCGCAAACCCGAAGACCCAAUCGUGCGGCCCGAGGAGCCCUACGACCACCGCAGUCUGUACGAACGGCUCCAAGAACAGAAGCAAAAGAAGGAUUUGGAAUACGAAGAAGCGCACAAAUUAAAGAAUAUGAUAAAAGGCCUCGAUGACGACGAAAUCGAGUUUUUGGAUCUUGUCGAUAGGACGAAAAUCGCCGCUGAUCGUAAAAAAGAGCUCGAGGAGGAGAUAGAACUGAACGAUUAUCGAAACAGAGUGGCCACCUUGCAGGAAAAGUCGCUGGAGGAGCGCCUCCAGGCCGAGAUAGCUGUGAACAAGCCCAAGGCCCCCACGAGCAAAACCUCGCAGCAGAAGCUGCUCAAGGGGGUUGUGGUGAAGAAGAGGAAAAAUAGUGAUACGAAGGAGGAGAAAGAGGACGCGAAAGUUAGGAAAAUUGAGGGUGAUGAGACACGAGUUGGGGCCAAUUCGGCGUUGAAAUGUGUGGGGAUUUUGCCGGGGUUGGGGUGCUACAACGAGUCGACGUCAGAUGAGAAUAGCUCGGAUUCGGAAGUGGAGACUUGUAGCGCGAAAAUUGACAUUUUGGGGAGGAAAAUCACGAAAAAGGAGAAGGAAACGUGAAUUGACUUUUAUUAUUUAUUGUAAGAAUUGGAGGGUCUGAAAUAAUUGUCUGAAUUAAUUGUAAAUAGAGUGCACCUAUUAUUACUGAUUCCUGUUUUUUUUUUCUAAUAAAUUGGUGAGAAGA